AACGAGACUACGUUGGACGGUGAUUGGCCGCUGGCUGGCAGCUUGCUCAUGGUGAAUGUGCAUAUCAGCUUUGUAUCUGACAGGUCCAACCAGAAGAGGAAGCACAGAUCUCCAGUGACAGCUACUACUUACAGCACCUACUGUGUCAGCCGGGUAAAUUUCAUCUGUCCAGCACAACUUUCCGCGGUGGGAAUACAUCUUUCAGGAGCUGAAAAUAAAAUCAUUAUGAGUGGAAAAGAGAUGAUUACUCAAGAACUGUGCAAGGAGUCGGAUAUGAAAGAUGGAGAGAUGCGGGAGUUUGAGGUACAAGGACAAUCAAUUCUCUUAGUAAGGAAUAAUGGUGUGUUCAGUGCUGUGGGAAACAAGUGCUCCCAUUAUGGUGCACCCCUAAGUAAAGGGGUUCUGGUAGGGGACAGAGUCCGUUGUCCCUGGCAUGGUGCCUGUUUUAAUGUAAGGAACGGUGACAUCGAAGAGUUUCCUGGGCUGGAUAGCCUACCAUGCUUCAAGGUCACAGUGGAGAAUGGCAGUGUGUGCAUUGUUACCAGUAAAAAGUCAUUGGAGAAUCCUAAACGGAUAAAACCUAUGAAAAACCGCUCUUCUGGUGACCGAAGCACUGUUGUGAUCAUUGGAACAGGCCCUGCUGCCUUGGUCUGUGCUGAGACACUUCGCCAGGAAGGUUAUACAGGGAGGAUUGUCAUGGUGACAAGAGAAAAGGAUUUCCCAUAUGACAGAACAAAACUUAGCAAGGCAAUGAAUGCAAAGGCUGUCGACAUCUAUCUGCGGCCUAUAGAAUUUUACAAAGAGCAUGAUCUUGAAGUAUUAACAGAGAAAGAGGCUGUUUCAGUAAACACAGAUGAUGCCAGGGUCAAGUUCAAGGAUGGAUCAUUCCUUCAAUACAGCCAACUUCUAGUUGCAACGGGCAGCAUGCCUAGAGAUCUUAAGUGUACCGGCUCCACGUUACAGAAUGUUUUCUAUUUGCGCUGUCCGGGAGAUGCCAAUGCAAUCUCUGAAGCUGCUACUGGCAAGAAUGUGGUGAUCAUGGGGAGUUCAUUUAUAGGUAUGGAGGUUGCAGCCUUCCUAUCAGAUAAAGCAAGUUCAGUGUCUAUAAUAGGAAGAUCUGAUGUCCCAUUUCAGGCUGUGUUGGGGAUACAGAUUGGAGAAGUUGCGAUGAAGCUGCUAAAGGAGCGUGGAGUAAAUUUUUACAUGAGGACAGAGGCCAGAGAGAUCCGGGGAAGUGAUGGACAGGUAAAAGAGGUCAUUCUGAGAAAUGGAACUCAACUUCCUGCUGAUGUGGUGGUUGCUGGAAUAGGUGUAAUGCCUGUGUCCACCUUCCUGAAAGGCAGCAGAGUUGCUGUGGAUACUAGAGGAGCGAUCUAUGUAGACCAGUUUAUGCGUACCAGUGUACCUGAUGUCUUUGCUGCUGGGGAUGUCGUAUCGUUCCCUCUUGCCAUGAUGGAUGGACAUAGGGCCAAUAUUGGACACUGGCAGAUGGCUCACUCUCAUGGCCGCAUCGCUGCUCUUAACAUGCUGAACAAGCAAGUGUCUAUAAAUUCUGUGCCAUUUUUUUGGACGUCUUUAUUGGGAAAGAGUAUCCGUUAUGCAGGAUUCGGGGAAGGAUACACUGAGAUUGUGAUGAAAGGAACACUUGAAGAUCUUAAGUUUUUGGCUUUUUACUUGAAGGAUGACUAUGUGGUUGCCGUGUCGAGCAUGAACUUUGACCCUGUUGUGGCCCAGGUGGCAGAAGUAAUUUUCUCUGGCAAAAGAAUCACCAAAAAGGAUGUGUUGGCUGAAGAUUUCAUUAAUGUGAUCACAAAAUUAUGACCUUAAUUGUGCUGCUAUUUCCAAAGGAAAAAAAAAAAGCUUCAAAAGAUGUACGACAGUAUUUUGGAUGACUUAUUGUGCCGCCACAUAAACCUUCCGGAGCCUUAUGUAUUGUGUAAUGGACAGAUCGGUCAUCUCCAGGAGCUUGAAAGCUGGUUCCUCCAUAAUCCUACCAGGACAAGUCUUGUCAUGUUUGCAACCAUACAUAAAAAGGCAUUUCAAACAAUCUCUCAUUCAUUUAAAUGGCCAAGAACAUAAUUCACCACAGUCUAUUAUGUUCUAAGACUCUAAACCAGCAGCAGGUGCUAAGACAGCUCAUGUAUGGAUGAUUUUACCAUGCUUCAUACUUUGGCCCAGAUUUACUAAAAGUGUCUAAUGCUUAGACAUUGUAAACUAAAACGAAGAAUGAGAAGGAAGGAUUG